AUGGUUGCUUUUAGGAGAGCAGUCGCUCUCAACGCUGUCGCGGUUGCGCGGCUUCAGUCUCGAACCUUGAUAUCUCGCUCUCGAACCCUCGCUGUCGCCACACAACAACGCGCCUACACGUCGCCGAGUGCCCGACGCCAAUACGCUUUCCAUACUCAGCUCGAGAACUCGUCUGCUCCUAAUCCUUCGGCUUUCCAGUACCAGCAGGUGCCUGUGGUAGAGAAUCCCCAAACAUUGAUCGAAAAGAUUGCUCAAAAACAUGCUGUUGGGCUGCCGCCAGGAAAGAAAGUUCGACAGUCUGACUAUAUUGCACUUUCGCCGCAGCAUUUAAUGACCCAUGACAACUCAUUCCCAGUCAUGUCGAAAUUCGUGACUGGGCUCGGUGCUUCCAAGAUCCACAAUCCUCGCCAACCUGUGUUUACCCUUGAUCACGAUGUCUCAAACACCACAGAGGCAAACCUUCGAAAGUACUCCUUGAUUCGUGAAUUCGCGGAGAAGCAUGGGAUCACAAACUAUCCUGCCGGAAGGGGAAUUGGACAUCAGAUUAUGAUCGAAGAGGGAUUUGCUUGGCCACAGACAGUUUCCGUUGCCUCAGAUUCUCAUUCGAACAUGUACGGAGGUGUAGGUUGUCUCGGCACUGCAGUCGUUCGUACAGACGCAGCCGCUGUCUGGGCUACCGGACAGACCUGGUGGCAGGUUCCCCCGGUCGCAAAGGUCACUUUCACUGGCAUUCUUCCGCCUGGAGUUACGGGCAAGGAUGUCAUCAUUGCUCUCUGCGGUCUCUUCCGCGAUGAUCAAGUAUUGAACCACGCCAUCGAGUUUGCCGGUGGUGAGAGUCUCACCAUCGACGAACGUUUGACCAUUAGCAACAUGACAACGGAGUGGGGUGCCCUCGCUGGUGUCUUCCCUGUUGAUGAUAUGCUCAUCUCAUGGUACCGUGCCAAGGCUACCACUAAUGCCAUGUUCAACGGCUCUUCCAAGGAGCGCAUUAACCACAAGCGAAUUGACGAGCUCGACCAGAACAGAUUGUCUGCCGACCCCGGUGCCAAGUAUGCUAAGGAACUGUACCUCAACCUCUCAACUCUAUCUCCAAUCGUCUCUGGACCCAACUCCGUCAAGGUCGCCACCCCCCUGCAUAAGCUUGAGGCCGAGAACAUCCCUGUCAGCAAGGCUUACCUCGUAUCUUGCACCAACUCUCGAGCUUCUGAUAUUGCUGCUGCUGCUCGUGUGUUCCGUGAGGCUGCUAAGGAGGGCAAGCCCGCCAAGGUUGCUCCCGGUGUCGAGUUCUACAUCUCUGCGGCAUCCGUCCCUGAGCAAAAGAUUGCCGAGGAGGCUGGAGACUGGCAGGUACUGGUUGAAGCUGGCGCCAUUCCCAUGAUUUCAGGAUGUGGACAAUGUAUCGGCUUGGGCCAGGGUCUUCUUGAGCCCGGUGAGGUCGGUAUCAGUGCCAGUAACCGCAACUUCAAGGGCCGCAUGGGCUCUACAUCAGCCAAGGCAUACCUCUCAAGCCCUGAGAUCGUUGCUGCAAGUGCUCUCCAAGGCAAGAUCGCUGGCCCUGGCUGGUACCAGAAGCCCGAGGGUGUUGAGAAGGUCAUCAUCGGUGAGGGAAGUGGAGACUUUGUUGCUGACAAGGCUUUGUCCAUUGAGGAUGCCCUUGACAAGAUCAUCAACGAGGCUGAUGCUUUGAUCGCCGCUGCUGAGAAGUCAGAGGGUGCCGCUGAGGAAGCAAGCCCUGCUGCGUCCGAGGAGGAGUCGCUGACUGAAAUCCUCCCUGGUUUCCCUGAGAAGGUCGAGGGUGAGAUUGUCUUCUGCGACAGCGAUAACAUCAACACUGACGGCAUCUACCCCGGCAAGUACACAUACGAGGACAACAUCUCAACAGAGAAGAUGGCCGAAGUCUGCAUGGAGAACUACGACACCGAGUUCGGCAAGAUCGCCAAACCCGGCGACAUCCUCGUCACAGGCUUCAACUUUGGCUGCGGCUCAUCCCGCGAACAAGCUGCGACUGCAAUCCUCGCCAAGAAGAUCCCUCUCGUGGUCUCGGGCAGCUUCGGCAACAUCUUCAGCCGCAACAGCAUCAACAACGCGCUCAUGGGCGUGGAGGUGCCGCGCCUCGUGGAGCGUCUGCGCGAGACGUACAAGAACGACACCGAGAAGCCGCUAACCCGAAGAACGGGGUGGAAGUUCGUCUGGGAUGUGAGGCGGUCAAAGGUCAUUGUUACAGAGAAGGAUGGGAAGCAGUGGGAGCAAAAGGUUGGGGAGUUGCCUGCUAAUGUGCAGGAGAUUAUCGCCAAGGGCGGUCUGGAGAAGUGGGUUAAGUCCAAGAUUGAGGCGUGA